GUCAUCAUCAGCAUCAUGAAGUGGCUAGUGUUGGUUCUCCUGGCUGUGUACGUGGGUGGCGCUAUGUCUGCGUCCUGUGACGCCUUGAAGAAACGCCGCUGUACCAGGGAGUACAAACCUGUGUGUGCGACCUUCACCCGGACCUUCCCCACUCAAUGCGUCCUCGAGUCAAUGAGGUGUGAACUCGCCAAACAAGGCUGGCAGUUAGACAAGAUUGUGUCCAAACGAGACUGCUGUCAGCGGCCAAUAACCUCUGAAUUCCAUUACGUAUGUGGAUCUGACGGUGAAGUGUACAUGAACCCUAUGGGCAUGGAAAUCGCAGCUUGUGAAAAGAGAGACUAUAUCAAGUCCGUGCCUCUCUCCAACUGCCCAAAUAUCCAUCGCCCUCCUGGCACUCUCGAUGGCCCUGGCAUUGUCCCUGUCCCUCGCCCCAUGCCAAUGCCUAUGCCUGGCCCUGGCCCUAUCCCUAUUCCUGCUCCUGAACUUCUCCCAUGGGAAGGAAUUGUCCUGCACUAGACGCUGACGCAAACGCGUGAAAUAAAGUUCCAGAAGCGUCCAGAAA